GUGAAGGCCAGGUUGGGCGAGUGGGGCGUUCGAGGCCGUUCCUUCAGCACCGUGAGAUUUUUAUCCUGAUCAGUUCUUCCAAACGUCUCUAAAAGAAGCCAUGGGGACCUGCUAUAACCAGGGUUUGCUGCUCCUCUUUCUCCUAGGAGCUCCGACCUUGACCUUACAAAAUUUGAAAUGUCAAAAGGCUACAUUCAAGGGUAUAGAAGAGGAUCCAAGAGACACCUUUAACUGGACCACAGAGAAAGUUGAGACUUGUGACAAUGGGGCACUGUGCCAGGAAACCGUGCUAAUGAUUAAAUCAGGAAUCAACACAGUAAUUUUGGCCACUAAAGGCUGCAGCUCGGAGGGGACACCAGAAAUACUGUUUGUCCAGCACGCUCCACCCCCUGGCAUAUUCGUGGUCUCCUACAGUAACUACUGUGAGGAGCCCCUUUGCAACAACAGAAAGGACUUAUAUGAGAUAUGGAGUCCAGAAGAGACCCCAGCUUCCAGCGAGUCAGCAACCCUCUUCUGCCCAACCUGUGUGGCUUUGGGGACCUGUUUGAAUGCUCCUUCUCUUCCCUGUCCCAAUGGUACAAAUCGAUGCUAUCAAGGAAAACUUCAGGUCACUGGAGGAGGCCUCAACACACCUUUGGAGAUCAAAGGCUGUACAUCCAUAACUGGUUGCAGGCUGAUGUCUGGGGUCUACACAGUAGGCCCCAUGUGGCUGAAGGAAGUAUGUCCGUUCAAGACUCUCACUCCCCGAAAGGUUGAAAAUGCAGCCAUGUGGCCUCCCACUUCACCUCGGAGGUUAGAGCUACUGCUGCUGCUGCUGCUGCUGCUGCUGCUGCUGCAGCUGCUUGUCCGUUGAGGAGGUGCUUCUGGUCCCAGUCACUGGACACCUCUUUUGACGUCAUCAGCAGGCUGAGGAACAGGUGGAGAUCUGAGGAACAGAGAGUUUCUGUGGAUGUAUUUGAUAUUUCUAAUAAAGUUUCUGCUGUGAUUUGUGUAUGCCUCAAGACUAGAAGUGGAGUUAUAAUGCUGAAAGGGCCCUCAAAAUCCAUCUUCUCCAACCUACACAUUUUGCAAGAAGGGAAUCAGAGAUCUCGAAAAGCACAGUGAAUUUCUCACACUUACAUAGCUAUGGGCAGAGCCAAGACCAGAACUUAGAUAUUUUGACCCAGAGUCUGGUUUUUCUUUCAUUUUAAUGGGCUCCCUUCUCUUGCCAGCUGGACAAGAGACUAACAUUAUCUGCCUCCAGAAUAUUCCUAACCCAAUUCUUAAGGCCAGAGUCAUCUGCUUUGGGGUUCCCUGGGAAGUGUGGCAGAAUGAGAAAAAUCAGACCCUAAUUCUUCAGUUAUAAUGGGCCCCAUCUCCCUCUGUCCUGUUUGUCCCUUGUCCACUUCACAUCAUUCCUUCCCACCUCUGCUGCCUACUCAGUGCCUCGUCAGUGGACAGGGGAACUUAGGAGGGAGCUGGGGCUCAGUAGAGUAUGAGGAAUGUGGGCCUAGAACUAUUGCGUGCGGAGAUUCUUUUUCAGAUUCUUAUGCUUAUAUAUUUACUUAUUACUCAAGAAUACACAAAGUCUAUGUUAUUGUAAAAGACUCCAGUGAUAUAGGAGCUGUAAAUGUACAGAGCAAAGUAAAAGGUAGAGUAAAGGGAACAGACUUUUUUCAUUUUUUUUUAAAAAAGAGCUGUGUUGAGGCUUAAUUGACAUACAGUAAACUACAAUGGGGGUGGGAGGAGAG